AUGCAAAACUACGUAACUCUUCAAAGCUGGACUCAGAAUGGAUCAAGAGAAAGCUGGAUCGUUGAAGAUGAUGGGUAUCUACCCUCAUCAGACAGUGGUAAUAAUGAUGCCUCACAAGUGUCGCCGUGCCAUCGCGAUAAAGUUGCUGCCCUCUAUAAAGAAGAGCUACGAAGAAUCGCCCAGAAAGAACAAGAUAUACCCACUGCAAACGUGGCUCUAGAUGAUCUGGCUCUUACAACUAAUUGGAUGCCAAAUAUCCUAUUGCAAUCUAUAGAAGAGGAUAUUGGUCGUGCAGCAAUACUAGAACAAGAGAACAAGCAAGAUACUGGCGUUCCUAGCCCCAUUCAUGCAGCUGCACCCUUGGUCCGAUCAACUCGCACAGCUUCUGGUAUGGCUGUAUCAUAUUUACAACAACCGAGCCAUCCCAACAUUAAACUGCCUCCUAUAACAUCCCAACUUUAUUCGCUGCAUGAUGAGACCGAGCAGGAAAGCAAGGCUGAAUGGUCAGAUGAUGCACAUUUAGAUUCGGAUUUUGACGGCUUUGAAGAAAACGAUAGUGAAGAUAGUGUAGCAGACGAGAUGUUCCAGGAAACCUGCGAGACAAUCGUCCAGUCAGUUGAAAGUCCAUCAGACGACAAACUUGCCGAUGCGGUCGGGAAGCUCUCCGCCUUUCUCUGCACGGAGGAGUUUUUAGACAGCCGUGCCAGCUCUACAUUCAUUGUUUCCUUCAGCGGCUUGAUAAGCUUUCCAUACCCUGGAAGCACUUUCAAGCGGCCACAGAAUUACACACCCAAACUGUCAGCGCUGAUAUACUGUAUCUGCUUGUGUCUUCUCGAGGCAACAAUUCCUCGAUAUGCACAUCCCUUGAUUGGCUGGCAGGCGAGACCGCACACCGGUUUGCUCAGUCGCUUCAAUCCAGUCAGGGAGCGGUUCAUGUGUUUGGGUUGUCAAGCGCUAAUGGGCGAGCUUCUUAGCUUACGUUCAUAUGGCCGAGCUAUUUCUCGUUCGGAUGGUCCUACUUUUCGCGUCCAGUGGAGUGAUGACUCACAGACGGUAUGCUGGGAUGCAGGAAAAGAUGUCGGGAGUCUUACAAUGGAUCAGCUGCGGCAGUUUGGGCGUAAGUCUACUAACAGCGCCUCAGUCUCCUUAACCCGGUUGAUGUAUGGGUGGGUACCUGAUAUCCACUUGAAAGGCAUCCGUGACAUGAUCUCUAACCAGAAGAAAGGCUAUUCUUUCGUCCAGGAGCCCGCGAACAAACUUAACACAGCCUACCUCGACCUCUCAUCUCGCGCUUGCCUUGAUCUGAUCAAUGGGUUAAUAAAGGGUGAUCAGUGGAACAUGGCUGCUGUUCGCCGUUACCUGCAGGAGGAAGUCGAAUUUCUUAUUCAGAUGAUGCUCGUGAUGUAUUUGCUUGGUGGCCAAGCACCCCGGAGCCCAGAUCUCUUCAGCAUCGAGCAUCGUAACGGUGAGAGCACUUCACGCGGAACAUGUGUCCACGAUGGCGUGGUGGUCUAUAUUAUCCAACACUGGAAAGCGCGACAAGCCACUAAUAAGGAGUUCAAUGUCGCAUGGUAUCUCACCCCUGAUGCUUCAAAGAUUCUGGCCACGUAUCUCAUCUAUGUGCGUCCAUUCACAGAUAUAUUAUGUCGUGUGUGCCUUCAAUAUCAGCAUGAACAUUGUCUGCUCUUUGUGUCGCCUGAACAUCCAGAAAAGCCCUGGAAAGUUGGAGUACUUACAAAUGCAUUGAAAACACUCUCGAAGGCUAUAUGUGGCACAUCAUUCAGAGUGCAAGUUUAUCGUCAGCUCUCAAUUGCAGUCACUGAGAAGUAUAUCAAACAGAUUAGCAAGCCUUUCAACAGAUAUGAUGAUAAGAGCGUAUCGGCAGACAUCGAAGUGGCGUUCUCGUGGCAAAGUGGACACCGGCCACUUCAAAGAGGGACGACCUACGGUAUUGAUGGGGCAUUUCCAGACUCCCUUCAGCCGGCGCUUCUCAGAAUCUAUAAGUGGGCCUCUUGCGAGUGGCAGGGAUUCAUGAGAAGCGACAAUAUUGCUUCAUCAUCACCGGAGUCGAGACAUGAAUCUGUGAGCAUAGAAAGACUGGGUGAUAAACGACGCACGCCACCUGUACAGGAAGAAAGGGAAGCCAAAAGGCGGCACAGUUCUGGACUAUCGCAAGUGGUAGUAGAUCUAUGCCAAUCAGAUACACUAGAACCUGGAGUGUUAAACAGAAAUGAUAGCGGGGAUUUAUCGUUAUCGCCAGUGCCGAUAUAUCUGUCUAAUAUGGUUCAGGUAUCGUUAAUCAACCAAGAGAACACAGGCAGUGAUGACAAAGGCAGCGCUUGGGCGAGAUGGAUACAGGCGCGAAAAGCGAGGCGUAAGCAUAUGCAACACGUCACAGAGUCGCACGAAGUGCUUCAAACCAAAUCAGUCAAUAAUAGCGAAAUUCAGUCAGCGAGAGACACGUUCUCAUACUUGGGAAGGUAUGGUCUAAUCGUGUGUAAGGGUUGUAAAUACGCUGUAUGGCCCUCAGAAGUAGGCAGUCAUCUUUCCAGCGCCAACCAUCGAAUGCCUAAGAUUGAUCGUCAACGGAUACAGCAAGAGAUCAUGUCGUGGAAAGGCCUAGUGACUUCUAUUAAUAGCCUGGAGCUACCCAAUCCUAUUCCAGAGGUUAUUCCAGAGCUGUCGCUGUAUGACGGCUUAUUGUGUACGCUUGAGAAAGAGAAGUGCAAAGCAGUUGCUCGUACUCAGGACGGGCUAAGGAAACACUGGGGGAGAGAGCAUAAAGGAUGGACGUUCGAGAAGUUCAACUGGAUGAUCGAAGAAGCGACCUGUGUGAUUAAUGGCGAGGCACAAUAUGAUGGAGAGAAGUCUGGCAUGAAGAUUGAGUUCAGCGAGUAUGAAAGUGCAUUAGUAUAUGCAUUGGCCGUUUUGGGCGUCAGUGAAACAGGAUGGCGAGGCCCGGAUUCAUACCCACCUAUUUUGUUGUCUGUGAUCAAGUGCGCCAGGUUCAUGGUGGUUCAGAAGGCUGUUCACAUGGCGGGAGGCCUAGUGGAGAAUGAGCAUUUCACAGGCAGACGAAAAAUGGAUUUGGAUAAGGAUAGUGGGUUAAACAGUAAUGAUACAGCAAGCCUAAGCCUGUUAUCUAGUAUUCAGUUGAGAAGCCAUGGCAGGUCAAGCAGUCUGAUUAUAUAUGAGCCGGCAUCACUAAACCGGUUCAGAUGGGCCAGUUCAUCAAUAUGUGGUUGGAGCAGCCCAGGUAACCCAUCAAGUCCAGCCAUAGAGCCACGUGGCAGGCCACAGACAUGCCAUGUAAGGACUUGUUUGGAUAUCGUGAAUGACAUGAUGGACCAAUUCAUGGUCCGCGGAACUAAAGGCCCAAUGCAGUGGAUGUUGGAUUUGCGGACAUAUGGGUUGAAGAUCUAUUAUAAUACGACCAGGAGUGGCCAUGUCGAGUGGUGCAACGGUGAUGAAUUGUUAUACAAGAAAGCGCAGUUUAAUAUGGCCCAGUUCCGCAGCAUGUUGCACGGGUUGAUUAAGCAGAUGCGACAGAUCAUGUUUAACGAAUUGUUGUUUUGUGGCGGUAAGAAAGCAAAGGAUAUUCCAAAUGUGCCAUGGAACACCAUUCGAGAUGAUCCAACCAAUACAACACCUGGGUGGAGUUUUUUGGACGAUGAGCGCACACGGUUACCUGUCAACGUGGAGAAGUAUAUGGCCAGUAUUGCGCAGUUUCGCGAGAAGUUGUUAGUAGCGGCGCAUAUCACGGGAGGGCAGCCCGCGCGUGGGACCGAGAUAUUGAGUAUCCGGUAUAGCAACAUAUGGAAAGGCGGACAUCGAAAUGUGUUCAUCGAGGACGGUUUGGUUGUGUUUGUGACCAAAUAUCACAAAGGUUAUGCGUUGAGUGGUGACGUCAAGGUCAUUCAUCGGUAUUUGCCCCGGGAGAUAGGCGAGUUGGUUGUGUGGUAUUUGUGGUUGGUGAGGCCAUUUGAACGCUGGUUGCAGUCUAUCAUAGGUGGGCAAUAUAAAGAAGGCGUUGAGGAGGACCAUAAUUCCGAGUCAAAGGCGUCACGAUUGUUUUGCCACGAUGGAAAUGGCCGAGAAUGGACAUCUGGGCGAAUGCGACAAGCAUUGGAACGCGCGACGGCCCAGGGGUUAGGCUAUGGAUUGCAUAUUCAAGCAUAUCGUGACAUCGCCAUUGGCGAGGAGGGAGAGGGCGAUGCCAUUGAAGAUUUGCAGGCCGGCUAUGGGUCACAUAUCGCAGGUAUGGUGUAUGCGCGAGGUUUGUUCGAGAUGGACGGUGCCAUUGCAAGUCGACGGCAGCAGUUCCGCACGAGCAGCAUCGAUUGGCAUAGGUUUUUAGCAUUCCCAUCCGCAAUGGAUAUGAACCCAGUCUAG